GGGGCUGUGCUCAAUUAACUUAUUAGCGACCCUUCGCCAGCUUGGCCCCUCACUCUACUUCAUCAACCUUCUGGCCAACCUCCGCUUCCACAAGCAGCCAUCGAGAACAGGUGUGGCGCGUGACAACGUACUUUAGCGGGAAACAUCCUUGACGUUGACCGUCGAAUAUUAAACGUACACAACCCGACUCCUUGUAAUCCAGGUCAGUUUCCAGGCUCUCGGCGACGUCACAGCCCAGUUGGUCUCUAGAGGUGGGAAAGGAUGGGCUGUCGAUCUCCGCUCGCCUUCUCGGGCGUAUCAAGAGGAUCAAGGUAGAUGGGAGAGUUGUCGGAAAUCUUGCAGAGCGCACUCUCCGAGAAUGAUGGUGGAGGCGCGGAUCAGCGCAAGCACUCGGUGUCUAGAGCACCGCCGCUGCGCCCUCUGCUACUUUAUCCCAACAUUCUUUCUCUUAUACUUCUAUCUCGUGAACUCUCAUGACUGACGUGGACCUGCCCACAGAAGUCAGCGAAGCUCCGAUGUCCGCAAACCGCCUGAGUCCAACGCUCAACCCGCCCUCGUCUAGCUCUCUAUCCCACAACGCCAAGUCGCCAUCCCAAUCCCAUUCACCGAAUCCGUCGUCGUCAUCACCCGCCAGCAAGCCUAGGCUUGUUCCUACGAACAGCGUCACCCUUCAAGAUGGUACGACCGUCCGCGUCCGUAUCGAGGCGACACUUGCAGUCGAAGAUGUCGUUCGCCAACUGUGUAUCAGCGUCAAGAUUAAGGACCCACCUAACAUGUAUGCGCUGCGAGAUGAGAAUGAGGAGUUGGUGACAAACGAGAACUUGAAGAAAAAGAUCAAGCAGAAGACCAACUUGAAGCUUGUCAGCUCGCCUGCUGUUGAAGCUGCGGAAAUUAUUACCAAGCUCCAGGCAAGAGAUAGAUUGGGUAUCACACUCACCUCACUGCGAAAGAUCAUCCGUGAAGAGCAAUUUGCGGAAGAGUUUCUGAACAAGGAUGGUCUUCACGAGCUCAUUGGCAUUAUCAACACCAAUCAGGGAAACAUCCUUGCGUAUGCUUUGACGGCCAUGCAGAACUUGAUGGAGCUCGACCACGGCUGGUCCGAACUCACCGACGAUUUCAUCUUCCGCGUUGUUCAAAUUCUCUCAUCGCCCAAUUCCCUCAUCAACGUCUGCCGACCUGCGACAGCAAUCCUCAAGAAGCUCGUCGAGGCAGACCCAAUGACUGCUCCAGGCCCGCAACUAGCUAGCUCGAGCAGGUCGCCGCCAUUCCAGCCGCCGGGGUCGGUUUACAAGUUCGGGUUCGAGGUCGUGUACGAGCAGAUGAGGAAGGAACAGAGGUUGCUGGAGACGGUUGUCAGUCGAUUGGGGAGUGCAGAUACGACUAUGGCGCUAUACAGUAUGAUGUUGAUCAACUCAUUGCUGGCCCACGCAGGCGAUGCACGGUGGGAAGAGUUCGUUGGAGAGAUCGAGCGGCUGAAUGUCCGCAAAGCCGUAAUUCGACUAAUGUCAUCACAUACCAUCGAAGACUUGACGUCGUGCAUCUUGGAUUUCCAAGCCAACAUGGUGCGCGUGACCUACCGCAAGAAGAUCACUGUCGUAGAACCAGAAUUCGAGCCGGGCCACUUUGAGUCCCUCGCGUACAUCUGGACCAGCAGCCAAGUACACGAAGAGCCUGCUGGCGAGGGCGGGACGCUCAAGUGGCGGAAGCUUGGGUUCGACAGUGAAGACCUUUCACAGGAGUUUAAGGAAGUCGGCGUGCUUGGUUUGGACUGCUUUAAGCAUUGCAUCACACAAGACCCUGAUUUCUUUGCAAAGGUUAUUCAAGAGCAGCUCAGUCGGCCUCCUGAGAGGCGAUGUCCUAUCGCGAAGGCGUCGAACGAGGUGGUCGAUCUGCUAUCUGAGCACUGGGCCAUCUUUGGACCUGGAUAUUCAACGUCGACGACCUUCCAGCCAUUCUUCCUAAACUUUUACAAGGUUCAUGAUCUUGCGACCCACUUCUUUCUCCGUAUGUGGAACGAAAGCGCCGCUACCCACGGUGAUUUCUCCCGCGUUGCUGCGCUUGUGCGUAGCCAAGUGAAGGUAGCGCUGCGAACAGAAAACGUACGGGCGUGGCACGAGGUUGAGUCCGACUUCAACGAGUGCGAAUAUCAGGCGGUGCGAGACCGGCAGAUGCGCGAGCUCGAGCUCGAGGAUGAUGUGAUGAGCAAGGUGCCAAUACGAAACAUGCGUGCGAAACUCUACAAAGAAUCCUUCGAGUUCGUUCGUCGACAACGGAUACACUGCCUGAUGCAGGGUGCAUGGUUCAUGAAUGCAAUGCCACUGGCCUCCAACACCCCCCGUGAUACGAUUCGGAAACCCUCUUGUCCUUGGAAAUUCAUGCGACUAGAUCCCAACAUGAAGUACAUACACUUCGUGGACAGCCAAGUCAAAUUCGUUCUCCGGAAUGGUAUCGAGGACUUGCCAGAUCGGAUCGACGUAUCAUUGAUCAGCGAGGUAACGACCAACACAUGUGCUCCGUUCCCGCAAGCCGUGCUGCGCGGCGGAGAUCCUGUGGACUUCACCGCCGGGUAUCACACCGCGGCGUCGCCUCUAUCCUUCUCCCUGUUGACGUCGAGCGGGUCCUCGUUAGCCGACUUAAUCGCCCCGGAUCAAUCGCGCUGGGCGGACUGGGUUGAUGGCAUGAACAUGCUCAGGCGAGAUGGUGGACACGUGGCAUCAAACGAGACGCAGACAUUUGUGCAGGCCUUGACAGAGAUUGGACUGAAGAUAAGACUGUUGAAUUUGUCCGGAGACAAGGCCGAGAUACCGAGCGGCAUACAUGCAGGACAUCCGCCGACGAAUAGUGAUUUCUUCUUCUCCGAGCUGUAUGAUUCCCAAGGAUGAUACCCCGGUGUGCUAUGUAUACAUACCCUUCUGGUUCUCAUAAUGCUA